AUGCCAUUCCGAAACAACAACAACAACAACAUUGAUGUUUAUACUAAAUCAUCAAGAACUCAAUCUCAACAUUCUUCACCUUCUUUACCUGGAAUAGCUAAUCUAGGAAACACUUGUUUUAUGAAUUCAAUCUUACAGUCACUCAAUGCAACUCGACCAUUAUCAACUUUACUAAACACCAAUCAAAAUUUAAAUCAACCCAUCACACCACUUCAACUUUUAAUUCGAAAUCAUCCUCAUCAUCAUGAUUCAUCAUCUCAUUUACCAAUUCUACUUCAACUUUCAAAAUUAUUCAAUCAAAUCUCUAACACUCACUCUGGUUCAUUAAAACCAAUUGGUUUACUCAAAUCCAUUGCUUCUCAACAUCCGGAUUAUCGUCGUAAGGAUCAACAAGAUGCUCAUGAAUUCUUAAGAAUCUUGAUGGAUCUCAUUCGUUCUGAAGAGGCAAAUUUUAUCAAACAUUGUGCCGAUUCUAAUGUACCGUCAAGUUCUUCUGAAACUUCAUCAAUCCUUGACUCAAACCAAUCCAAUGUUGUGGGAUCUACAGUUCUCAAUGGACCGGAUAGCCAUUCCCUUCGGGUGCCGACCCCACUCCUCUCAUCUUCAUCAUCCUCUUCCUCUUCAUCGGCCUCAUCUUCAUCAUUCACCUCAUCCACAUCAAUUCCAGAUUCGUCUUUACUCGAUUCCCUCUUUUCUGGAUCUUUGACUCAAUAUACCGUCUGUGAACGAUUCCAUGUGUCGAGUGUGCAGGAAGGAUUUCUCGAUCUCUCACUGGCGACACGUCAUCCCAAUCCAGCCAUGUCCAAACGUGCUCGCCUUCGUCAGAAACUCGGUCGGCUCAAUAGAUCCAAGUCACCGUCCACUCCACCUCCUUCUCCACUCCCCUCUCAUGAUGAUUGGGAGCAAGUCCUCCUUGGUGGAUCAUCUGCUCCGAACUCUUCGGCUUUCCGUCCACCGGUCCGGAGUAUGACUAUCUCGGGUACUUCGGCUCGUCGACAACGAAGCAAUCGACCAUUCCUAUGCUCCUCGUUCUCGGGCACUUCCUUGGAUCUACUCUCCCUAAAGGAUGCCGCUCCUCUUGUGGCCCCCUCAGCACAGGCCUCAUCACCACCACUUGAUCUGCUUGCACGCAUUCUUUCACCUACUGCACCAGCUCGAACACCACCACCGCCACCACCACCUGCUACUGGAUUACGAGCUUUACGCUUUUCACAACCUAAUCCUCUCUUGUCAAAAGUUGGACUGCUUGGAAGCAAUCCCAACAAAGUCUCCGAGACUGGCCUCGAAGCUCUCUUAAAGUCGUUCACCUCAAUCGAACGACUCGAAGGCGAGAAUCGAUUUGCAUGUGAAGCAUGUGGUUCAGAAUGUUCAUCAUCAGCAUCCUCCUCCUCUUCAAGUAAUCCAUCAUCCAGUGAAAUCACUUCAACAACACCCAAGGUGAUUUUAAGAAGAGCAUGGAAACGAUAUUUGAUUUCAAACUUACCACCGAUUGUAGUCUUUCAUCUGAAACGAAGUUCUCCAACCGGUUUAUCACAGGUUGAACAACCUUUUAUAUCGUUCCCAAUUAAGUUGGAUUUUAAACCGUUUCUUUGUCCGACCCGAUCUGAUAAAUCGGUCAUUUAUGGUUUAUAUGCUGUGGUGGUCCAUCAAGGUGUUGAUAAUGGUGGACAUUACUUUUGUUAUGUGCUUUCGGAUCAUGGUGGUAGUUCUGAGCGAUCUUGGUUAUACUGUAGUGACACGGAAGUAAGAAAGGUGAAAGUGGAAGAAGUGAUGAGUACUAAAGCAUACAUGUUGUUUUAUGAACAAUUAUGA